CCCAAAAAUUUAAGAAGGAAAGAAGCUUCCAAACGUGCCUUAAUGGUUUUUCGUUUUUUUGAAAUCAAGCCGGGCUCUACUCUUUCCGACAAUAAUUUUCUUGUUUCGUUAGCCCCAUUCCGAUCACUCGCCCUUUCACACAGACAGAGAGAGAGAGACUUUUAACCAUAAUCGCAUCUUCAUAUAUAGAAAGAGAAAGGGCAAAUUCGAGAGAGUGGAGAUAGAAGAGAGCGACUCAGAUUUCUAUUUCGCUUGAUGAGGAAUACGAUACUCAUGAUCCAAAAGGACAUUAUGGCAUGGUGCUAUCCUUUCUAAAAAAGAGGUCAAAAAUUAUCGAAAUAGUAGCUGCCCAUGACAUUGUCUUUGCGCUUGCACAGUCUGGUGUUUGUGCUGCAUUUAGCCGAGAGACUAACCGGAGGAUAUGCUUUUUGAAUGUCAGUCCUGAUGAAGUUAUACGAAGCUUGUUUUACAAUAAAAACAAUGAUUCGCUCAUCACUGUCUCAGUUUAUGCUUCAGACCAUUUUAGUUCUUUGAAAUGCAGAACCACAAGGAUUGAGUACAUAAGGAGGGGUAAGCCAGAUGCAGGCUUUGCUCUUUUUGAGUCUGAGUCUCUGAAAUGGCCUGGUUUUGUGGAGUUUGAUGAUGUAAAUGGGAAGGUACUCACUUAUUCUGCACAAGAUAGCAUAUACAAGGUGUUCGACUUGAAAAAUUAUACGUUGUUGUACUCCAUAUCAGAUAAAAAUGUUCAAGAGAUUAAGAUCAGUCCAGGCAUCAUGUUGUUGAUUUUUUCCAAAACUAGUGGCCAUGUUCCUCUUAAGAUUCUUUCAAUAGAGGAUGGCACUGUUCUCAAAACAUUCCACCAUCUCCUUCAUCGGAAUAGGAAGGUGGAUUUUAUUGAACAGUUCAAUGAGAAACUUCUUGUCAAGCAAGAAAAUGAGAAUCUCCAAAUACUUGAUGUCCGCAAUUCUGAGCUAACAGAAGUUAGCAGAACUGAAUUUAUGACUCCAUCAGCAUUUAUAUUUCUGUAUGAGAACCAGUUGUUCCUGACAUUUAGAAACAGGACAGUGGCUGUUUGGAACUUCCGUGGGGAGCUUGUAACUUCAUUUGAUGAUCACCUUUUGUGGCAUCCUGACUGCAACACAAACAACAUAUAUAUCACAAGUGAUCAGGAUCUUAUAAUUUCUUAUUGCAAAGCUGAUUCUGAUGAUCCAUUAUCAGAAGGAAACGGGUCUAUCAAUAUCAGCAAUAUCUUGACUGGGAAAUGCCUUGCUAAAAUACAAGCAAGCAACAGUUUUCCCAUGGAUGAAUGUAGUUGUAGUGGAUGUUGUACCGGAAGGAAUUGCAACUCCAAGAAGCGGAUCCGAGCUUCUAGGAUUAGAAGCACAGUUGCAGAAGCCCUCGAAGACAUCACUGCUCUCUUCUAUGAUGAAGAACGUAAUGAGAUCUAUACUGGUAAUAGGCAUGGCCUGGUCCACGUGUGGUCUAACUGAAGGUUGUAUCUUCCCUCGUGCCCUUUCAGAUUCUAUGAUUGUUCUUCCAGAUGUUUAAUUCAUUUUGCCUUCUGCUCCAGAACUACCUGGAACUGUACUAUUAAAAUGUUCAUUUAAUAGUUUGUGUUUUUCAUUGCUUUUCAUUUAUCACUUUUGUUUCUUUCUUUUAUUCUUUUUAGGGACGGUUUUUUCCCCUCCCUUUUCUCUUAAGUGAUUUCCCCCCUCUCCCUUUUAUGGGUAUUGGGGUCGGGCAUGUUAAAAUGUUCUUUCAUGUUGUAGAUGUGCUUUAUAACUUCAGGCUGUGCAGAUGAGCUGCAGGCAGAUAUUUGAAGUAAAUGAAUAGCUGCUUGUGGGCAUUUAACUUCUAAA